AUGGUCUACAACAACAUUCCUUUUAUUAUUGGACCAAUCCUUGCCACCUUUUCCGUAAACUAUGCCAUGCUUAUGAUUGGCAGAAUUAUCACUGGCUUUGCUGUUGGUAUAGCCAGUGCUGUAGUACCAACCUAUAUUAGUGAAAUUUCACCUCCUCAAAAACGUGGAGCUUUAGGAUUAUUAAGACAAUCAACUAUAACAUUUGGUAUAAUGUCAGCAUCAUUAAUAGCAUAUCGAUUAAUACAUUAUAAUCAAGGAUGGAGAUAUAUGUUUUUAAUAUCAAUUGCUCCAUCUAUUCUUCAAUUGGUAUUGAGUUAUUGGUUUGUUGAAACACCAAGAUGGUUAUUAUCAAAAGAUCGUACUGCCGAUGCUGUCCAAGUACUCGUUAAACUUGAUCCAUCCUCAACAAAGGAUCAAGUAAAUAAUCAAAUUCAAAAAAUUUAUUCAAAUAUUAAUCAACAAAAAGGUGAUGAUGAUUGGUUUCAAUUAUUUAAAUUUGCAACUAUAUUACAAAGUGCAGGAUUUGCAAAGGAUAUGGCAGUUUUAAUAUCUGGAUUGGUUGGAACGCCACAGAUGAUUAUGAUGUUUGGUUCAAUUUGGUUAAUCGAUCGGUUUGGACGUCGUCCACUUUUACUGAUUAGUGAUGUUGGUAUGGUUGUAGGCCUAGGUGUAUUGGGAUAUGCCUUUUUGGGAACGGCUGGUACCACUGGUCACAUUGCAGAGUCGUAUCGUGCAUGGAUGGCAGUUGGAGGCAUGGUAUUUUACAAAUUGGCAUUCUCUGUGGGUAUGGGUCCCAUUCCACUCAUGGUGGCAUCUGAAAUCUAUCCAUCUAAAAUAAGAGGCAAGGCAAUGUCGAUUGUCAGUUUUUUGAAUUGGUUGGCCAAUUUCAUUGCAAACAUUACCUUUUUACCCAUCCAAGAAUGGGUUGGUCAAGCUGGUAGUUACUUUAUUUUCGCUGGUGUCACCCUGGCCUGUCUCAUCUUUACCUAUCUCUGGGUACCAGAAACAAAAGGUGUCACCAUUGAAGAAUUAUCUAAAAAAUUGGUCAAAGAAGAUAAUAAUAAUAACGAUCCUUUACAAAAUAUAAAUUAA